AUGGAUCCAAGAUUUACGAAAGCUGGUUUUGGCAUCGAGACGAAUGCAGAUAAUGCUCAACAAUUUGUUGUUGACGAGUUGAUGAUGUUGGAAACACAGGAAUCUCAAGCUCAAUUCCAGGUGCCAAAUAUAUCUCUACUGCCAUCUACUUCACGUCUCGAAACACCUACAACUCCAUCUUCAGAUUCCCAGCAGAUAACUUCAGAGGUGACUGGCGAGAAUUUAUGGGAGCAAGGAAUAUUUUGCUUCGAAUUCUAUGAUUUGAUUCACAUUAUCUUACAGCAAACUCAUGGAAAAACUUACAAAAGCUUAUUAGAAGAAAGAACUAGAUUCGGAAUAUUCCAAAGGAACCUGAUAAAAAUCAAAGAACAUAACGCCAGGUAUGACAAAGGAGAAGAGACCUACCUUUUGGGAGUAACUCGUUUUGCUGAUUUGACCCAUGAGGAGUUCAAAGACAUCCUCAAGGGACAAAUCAAGAACAAACCGCGUUUAAAUGCCACGCCUACAGUAUUUCCAGAAGAUCUGGAAGUUCCAGAUUCCAUAGAUUGGACCGAGAAGGGAGCAGUUUUGGAAGUUAAAGAUCAAAAUCCAUGUGGUUCUUGCUGGGCUUUCAGUGCAACCGGAGCUCUGGAGGGAUAAAAUGCAAUUCUGAACAACGUCAAGAUCGCUUUGAGUGAACAGCAGUUACUCGAUUGUUCUGGUUCUUAUGGCAAUGGUGACUGUGAUUAUGGAGGUGAAAUGUCAUCCGCAUUCGAAUAUGUCAUAGACCACGGAAUACAGGCAGACGACUCUUAUUCAUACAGAGGCAUACAAAUCGAGUGUCAGUACGAUGCCAGCAGAACAAUUUCGAAAAUCAAAGGGUAUAAAAACGUGACCACAUCUGAAGAGGGACUCAGAAAAGCCGUUGGAACCAUCGGUCCCAUAUCGGUUGCCAUAAAUUCCGAUCUAUUACAACUUUAUUAUUCAGGAAUAAUCAGCGGAGAAAGCUGUCCACAUGAACUGGAUCAUGCUGUACUUGUUGUAGGUUACGGAAAGGCAUCCCAGUGGUCUGGUGAAACCAAGUUCUGGAGAGUCAAAAACUCAUGGGGAAAAAUCUGGGGAGAAAACGGGUACUUCAGAAUCGAGAGAGAUGGUAACAACUCAUGUGGUAUUGCCGAUGAACCCAGUUAUCCAGUUCUUCAAUAGGGAUAAUAAGGUUGA